CUCUUGCGGUCGGGCUUUGUGUCGGUUCGGGCGGAGCAUGCGCCGCGCGUCAAAGCACGCAAGGGAAAGGGAGUUGAGAAAUGGCCGCGGUAAGCAGUGGUCGGAGUGAAACGAUGGAUCCGCAAAAGGAAACGCAGAACGGGGCCGUGGACCGUUUGAAAAGACUUUAUCCGGCAGUGAACGAGGAAAGGACGCCCCUGCCGCGUUCCUGGAGCCCCAAAGAAAAAUACAGCUACAUCGGACUGUCCCUCAACAAUUUGCGUGUUCACUACAGAGGACAUGGAAAAACUCACAGAGAUGCUGCCAGCGUCCAGGCUACGCACCCCAUACCUGCAGGAUGCGGCCUAUAUUAUUUCGAGGUUAAAAUCGUCAGCAAAGGUCGCGAUGGAUACAUGGGAAUAGGCCUUUCGGCACACGGGGUCAACAUGAACAGAUUACCGGGUUGGGACAAACAGUCGUACGGUUACCACGGCGACGACGGUAACUCGUUUUGUUCUUCCGGCACUGGGCAGAGUUACGGGCCGACCUUCACCACGGGCGACGUGAUCGGCUGCGGCGUCAACCUCAUCGACAACACGUGCUUCUACACGAAGAACGGACACCAUCUCGGCACCGCCUUCAGAGAUCUACCUCCAAAUUUGUAUCCCACUGUGGGCCUGCAGACGCCCGGCGAAGUGGUCGACGCAAAUUUCGGCCAGGAACCGUUCGUGUUCGACAUCGAGGACAUGAUGAAGGAGCUGAGGUCCAGGACUCGAACGGAAAUCUUGGAUUUUCCCGUACCUGAGAGCCAGGGCGAAUGGCAGGCCAUAUUAAAUAGAAUGGUAUCCACUUAUUUAAUUCACCACGGUUAUUGCAACACAGCAGAAGCUUUCGCCCAAAUCACAGAUCAACCUUUUCAAGAGGACGUUCUCUCUAUUAAAAAUCGACAGAAAAUUCUAAAGCUGGUGUUGGCGGGUCGGAUGGGCGAGGCGAUCGAGAGGACGGGUCGCGUGUACCCGGGUCUGUUGGAGAACAACCAGAACCUGCUGUUCAUGCUCAAGUGCCGGCAGUUCGUCGAAAUGGUCAACGGAUCGGAUAUAGAGGUGUGCGGCUCGAAAAAAUGCCACUACCAAGCCUCCCCCCGUGCUCCCUCGAGCCCCAUACAGACCUCCGUCAUACAGUCCACCAAAGGUUUCGCCACCAAAGGCAACAAGCAGCAAAACCUCGACACGAACGAAAUGAACGAAACGAACUUGUCACACAACGGCACUGACUGCGACGCCAUCGCCGACCGCCAAGGCGGCGGCGACGACGGCGACGUGGAGAUGAUCUCCAUCCUGGACGUCGACAACGAGGAGGCCGUGAACGGGCACGCGCAGCAGCCCGACGCGUGCAACGGCAAGAACGCCAGCAGCAACGGCUAUCAGAACGGCAACACCGCCGCCACGCGUGCCAACCCCCAAACCACGACGACGACGGACGAGCCGAUCGUUUGCGACAACGAGGACGAGGACAUGGACGUGGACUUGCCCGCCAGCUGCAGCGGUGGCAGCAGCAGGAAAAGCUGCUUGAAGCCGGCGGUGGAGCGAAUACUGGAGUUCGGACGGGAGUUGUACAGCAUGUCGCAGCGGCUGCAGGUGGACCAGCAGGUGUCCACCGAGAAGAAUCAGAAAAUGCUGGAGGACGCUUUCAGCCUUUUAGCCUACUCGAACCCGUGGUCGAGCCCGGUGGGCUGGCAGCUCAACCCCACGCAGCGCGAAAACGUCUGUGCUUCCCUUAAUUCAGCUAUCUUAGAGUCGAACAACAGGCCGCGCAGGCCGCCCCUGGAGGUGGCGUUCGCGCACGCGCAAGAACUAAUCCACCUGAUGUCCGCCACUGGCCUGGGCUCCUGCGCCUUCGCCUCCUUGAUUGAACUGCUGGACCAGUGACGACGCAACCCGCAGUACGCCGCGACACCCCCGGCGCCCUCGUGCACCGCCCCCCUCCACCUGCCGCACCGCCCCUCACGAUGACAAUGACAACGCGACUGCCCAUCAUUCAAAAACAAACAGACACUUACUCAAAAGUAGCAGAAACAAAUCUGAAAUUUGUGUGUAAAUAAAUAGUUACGACGGAACGGUUGUUGCAUGCUUUCAGUGCUUUUAUUUUGGCAACAAUAAUUCGGUAAACAUAGGCAUAGUAAUCGAGUUUUCUAUGCAAUUUAUCUAUAAAUACAAUAAUCAAGAAAGCUGUCAUCCUAAACAACUGUCAUUUCAGCUUUAUAGGUUAAAACAAACGUCACUUUGACGUCUGACAUCGUACAUUGUUGCCAAUUUGUAAUCGUGAAAAGAAGGGGAAUUUCGAAAUAAAAAAUAAAAUUGAGUCAGUUACAAAUUAAAAAUUGUAGUAGAUUGGAUAUGAUUAAAAAAGCGUAAGAUUGUAAAUAUGUGACCAAAUCAUGGGAAAUAAACAUUAUGAUAAUUUUUAUUGUGAAGAAUAAUUUAAAUAAAGCAAGAAAUAUAAUUCAUCUCUUAUUUUUAAAACCUUUUUUAUUAUUAUUUCUUGUUUUUUUAUCAUUUAAAGGAAUCCUCAACUUUUGUUUUCUAAAUUACGUCAAACAAAAACAUUAUUUCAUUUAUUAAUUCGACAUGUUCUUUGUGAUAAAUAAACCUGUUGAGGGUGGGAGGAUGAAAAGUGUACUUUUUGUGAUUUGAUUUUAUAGUUUUUCGAAUCAAAUUAAAUAUAUUUUUUAAUCGUUUGUUGUGAAAUUGUAAAAUCAAAGUUACAAAGCCAUCUCAAUUUAUUUUGGGCGUUUCAACUUUAUUUUCAGGUGUUCUUUAUUUGUUUAUUGUAGACCUACCAUUUCAUAGUAUAAUUAUUUGUAAAUAAGUUAUAAAAAUGUUAUGAUUUAAUUAAUUAAUUAAUAAUAAACUAAUAAUUACGUUUA